ACGUUAUCAUUUUCAUAUUCCUUGAUCAUUCAAGGGGAAUUCAAACAAUGUCCAUUGCAUUCAGUGUUGUACACGGACGUUGUCCCGGUGAUUUUUGGCGGACACAGGACGUCCGAAAGUCCAUGUCCGAGACUGUGUCCGCAGGACAGUUGGGACAUGGACCGAUAUUAGAUAUCUUUUGGCCAGAAUUAACAAGAGAUAUGGCCAGCAUUAAUGCGGACAAAAAGUCCCGGACAUAA